AAGCAACUGCUGUAUCCCUUAUGUGGCAGCAUUACAAAGGGGAGGAAAAAACCAAGACUAGUAUGAGUAACUUGAUCAUGUGACAGGAAAAGCAAUACAGUAACAUAACACUGAGCUAUGGAAGAGUGCCUUGUACGAUUGCUAGUUAAGUUGAAAUAGCGCCUGUUGGGAUUUCUUGUUGCAGAAACAGCCCAUGGGGUCUCCAGAUACCAUCCCAAGACAACUUUCUUUUUCACUUUAAAAUCAGUUUCCUUUGUCUUGUCCAGAAUGGCGGCCUGUGGUGGCAACAUAAAGAACAAAGUCACAGUAACCAAACCUGUUUGGGAUUUCCUUAACAAAGAGACUCCUUCCAAACUUGCCAGACUAAGGGAAGAAAAUAGGGUCAGGAUCCUAAUAGAUGGUGAAACCUCUGAAAUCUAUGUUUUGCGGCUGUCCCCAGAGAGUCAUGUUCCUGCCAAUGCUUUGCCACUUGCCAGAAAAGCACUUAAAUCCUUGCUGAAAGAGACUGAGAAGGAGCUGAAGAAGUCCUACAAACAGCACCAACUAUCAGGAUGUAUGGCUUAUGGUGAUAAGAACAGUGAGCAUGCAGCUGAGCUGCACCUCCAUGGCACUUAUGCCAGGGGACCACAGAGCACUGGUGGCAGGGGAAUUCCGGGGAACUCAGGAGGGGGAGCCAGCAGCAGCCAUGGUAGCUCACGUGAUCAUAGAAGGGAAGAAGUAGAGGAUGACCGAGAGAACCAGUGCCCCAUUUGCCUGGGUGAAAUCCAGAACAUAAAGACACUGGAGAAAUGCCAACACUCAUUCUGUGAGGAUUGUAUCACCAGAGCUCUGCAAGUAAAGAAAGCAUGUCCAAUGUGUGGCCGUUUCUAUGGCCAACUGGUGGGCAACCAACCUGAAAAUGGUAGAAUGUUGGUUUCCAAGGACUCUGGCCUUUUGCUGCCAGGCUACGAGAAAUACGGAACCAUUAUCAUUCAGUAUGUCUUCCCGCCAGGCAUCCAAGGGUCAGAGCAUCCUAAUCCUGGAGUGAGAUAUCCAGGAACGACUCGAGUAGCCUACUUGCCAGAUUGCCCUGAGGGUAAUAAAGUUCUCACUCUGUUCAAGAAAGCCUUCGACCAGCGUUUGACCUUUACUAUUGGAACUUCAAUGACCACAGGGAGACCCAACGUCAUAACGUGGAAUGACAUUCAUCAUAAAACAAACUGCUCAGGAGGACCACAGCUGUUUGGAUAUCCAGACCCGACCUACCUGCUGAGAGUCCAGGAGGAGCUAAGAGCCAAAGGCAUCACGGCAGAUUAGGAGGGCCAUUAUCUACUUGCCAAGAGUACAAGAGUGAAGGGAGGAGAAUGUUUCUGUCAUGUUUUGUGAUUCAAACUAUUCAUUAUAUUUGAUAAAGGAACUUUGCCUUUGUCUUCA